AUGCCGUCCACUCGUUCGUUGAUCUUCGGCCUAGGAGCCAUCGCUGGCAGCUACGCUCAGCAGCAAACCGAAUAUGACUACAUUAUCUGUGGUGGAGGCACGGCAGGAUUGGCUGUGGCGAACAAGCUCUCUGAGGCAAACAACACAGUCUUGAUUGUUGAAGCAGGGGUCAACGGUUCGACCGCCUCUUGGUCAUACAGGAGCACACCACAAACAUAUGCAAAGGGUCGAGUUCUCGAUCUGCCAGCAGGAAGGACAGUUGGAGGCAGCAGUCAAAUUAAUGGCAAGGUCUAUUCUCGCCCUAAUGCCCAAUCUAUCGAUGACUGGGGCCGAGUCAACGAUGGAGACUGGUCGUGGAACACCCUGCUCCCAUUCUACAAGUCUUCAGAGACACUUGAUGUUCCAAGUGAGGACCUUGCAGACGCAGGUUACACAUACAAUCCAGAUUAUCAUGGCACCUCUGGACCUCUCAAUGUCUCUUUUCCUGCGCAAGGUACUCGAGCGUACUGGGAGCUUCUGAAGAAUGCUUCUGCGGCCUUUGACAUCAGUGUCAACAGGGAUUUCAAUGGUGGCAAAGCGGAAGGCCUUGCGACCUACCCAGCAGCGUUUACCAUCAAUGGCGAACGUGAACAGACUCGAGAAUCUGCCCGCGAGGCUUACUACCUGCCAAUUGUCGGUCGCACGAACCUCGAACUGCUCGACGAGACAGUCUGUCUCAGAAUCGUAUUCGCCGAUGCUCAGGGCGAGAACGCGACACUGACAGCAACCGGCGUUGAGAUUGCCAACACCAACAACCAAACCACCAUCACGGCGAGGAAGGAAGUCAUUCUUGCAGCAGGUGUCUAUCGCUCACCAGGUAUUCUCGAGUUCUCAGGAAUCGGCAACAAAGCCCUCCUCGCCAACUACAGCAUCGAAGCCAAAAUCGACCUUCCUGGUGUCGGAGAGAACCUUCAGGACCAAUUACAAGGAAACAUCUACUACGAGCGGGUCAACUCAUCCAACAUCACCUUUCCUUCGCCCGUUGGAGACGAGAUCACAACUCCAUAUCUCAUCCACGCCACGUACGAGCAAAUCUUCGGUGAUGAUGCGGGGGACUUCCAGGAGAGGACAAACAGCUCGCUGUCCGAAUACGCCAAUACCAUCUCGGAAGGUAUCAACGGCACUCUCAGCGCUGACCAGAUUCUCAACUCUCUCCGUGUUCAAUAUGAGGCUAUUUUCAGCACUCUCAUUCCUUCCGUCGAGAUCUUUUCUGGUCAAAGUUUGAACAGCACACACUUGAAUCUUGAAUUCUGGCCUCUGAUUCCGCUCGGUCGCGGCAACGUCCACAUCUCAGGUGGAAACCCAGAGCGUGCAGGAGAUUCUCCAAACGUGAACGUGAACUGGGGCAUUCUCGAAUUCGACUGGGAAAUGCUCACAGCAUCUGCCCGCUUCGUCAGAAACAUGUUCAAAACCGAAGCUUUCGCCGCCGAAGUCCAGGCCGAAACUCGUCCCGGCUUCAGCAAUGUCUCCGAAGAUGCAAGUGAUGCAGAGUGGAAAGAAUACUGGCAAGACAACUUCCGUGCUGGAUGGCAUGGCGUCGGAACUGCUGCUAUGCUACCCAGAGAGUGGGGCGGUGUGGUGAAUACGAACUUGACAGUCUAUGGUACUGCUAAUGUUCGAGUUGUGGAUGCUUCGGCCAUCCCAUUCCAGCUUGGUGGUCAUCCUACGGCGACUGUCUAUGCUUUGGCCGAGAGGGCUGCAAGCUUGAUUGUUAAUGGUACAAGUGGUUGA